UCAGCGGAAGCGAACGUCGUCGUCGGAGGAGCAGCAGCAACAUCGCAGCAAUAUCGCGCCUACAGCAGCAACAUUCGUCGUGUGUUGCCAGUUGGUCGGUUGAAAAUUGCAAAUACAAAGAGACAGGUUGCCAGGCGGAUUAAAGUUGCAGCCCAUUUCGUAACAGUUGAAAAGUGUGUGUGCAUAAUUUAAGCCAUUGCGAAACAAGUGUUGACGAAAAAAUAAAUAAGCAAAGAAACCAGCAACAUUUGUGUGUGUGCCCCAAUAUAUACGUAAAUUAAUUGAUUUAUAUCAGUGACCUUUGGAAGUGAACUGCACACCUGUUGCUUUAUACACACAAGGAGCGGGAUAUUGGUCUGAGCAGUAUUAUUUAUAAGAUGCAUUGAAAAUUCCAGGAAUUGGAAAACCUUAUAGAAGACAAACCCAUUAUUAAUGACCAUGCAGGAUAUACGCCUACGCCUGGAACCACAGCACAGUACGGCCACGUUUAUAUCCUCCUCAUCUGCCUCCUCGACCUCAUCCCAAACAGCUGAGACCACGCUGAUUGAGACAGCUGAGGAUUCGCCAGCCAGUGAAGCAGCUGUUGGAGCAGUGACAACGACAUCGCCGCAGCAUUAUUUCCAUCAUCAUCAUCCGCCGACGCAUCCGCAUCCGCAGCCCCAGCCCCGCCAGCAGCCGCAUCCGCAUAGCCACUCACAUCCGCAUCCGCACCUCCAGCGUCGGCCGGUGGAGCAGUUGCAUCUGCUGCACAGCCACCACGAUGUCCAGGAGCUGUCUGGGCAGGAGCAUCCACAUCCGCACUCCAGCUCCCACCCACAUCCGCAUCCGCACCAUCUGCGCUCGCCCAGCUCCGAGGAGGAUAAUUCUCCGACUGAAAUGAAUAAUUGCCGUCGUUUGGUGGAUAAGCCGCCGCUGGUGAAGCGCCUGACCAUGGGUAUCGGCCUCUUGCGGGGCACCGAGGACAGUCGUCCCCUGGUGCACAGCACCUGCGGCUCCUCCCUGACCUCCGGGUCCGGGUGCGGGUCCACUCAGACCAUCUCCGACGGCUAUGUGAACGAGGCCAUCUGUGAGCCGGACAAGUACGUGGCCAGCAAGUUCGGCGACUCCUGCCGCCAAUCACUCUCCGCUCUGGAGAGUGCCACCCAGCGAUUGCAGGUGGAGCUGCCCGCCAGCAACAAGAAGUAUCUAAGGGAGACUUGCAGUGCCAACUCCAGUCCGAAGUUGUUUUCUGCCCACGGUUCCCUGCGCCUGGAUAAUCUCAGCCUCUCGGAACAGCAGGAGCUGAAGGGGGCCGCCUGGUUCCAGGCCGGGAUUCCCAGGGAAAUCUCCCUGGAGGUCCUAUCCCGACAGAGUCCAGGUGCCUUUCUGGUGCGCCAGAGCAGCACUAAGCCCGGCUGUUUCGCCCUGUCCCUUCGAGUGCCGCCCCCAUCGCCAAGGGUUGCACAUUAUCUGAUCCUCAGGACGCAAAGGGGGUACAAGAUUAAGGGUUUCACGAAGGAGUUCAGCUCCCUGAAGGCGCUCAUCACUCACCACUCGGUUAUGCCGGAGCUUCUGCCCGUGCCGCUGACCCUGCCACGCCCCCCCAACACCCGAUCGCAGCGGUCGCAGGCCGCCUACGGGGGCGGAAGCGGUAGCGGGAACGGAGGAGCGGACUUUGAGAUGUACGGCUCGCUGAAUGACUUUCGCAAAAUGAUGGCCGAUUUGAAUGUGUGACCGCUGGGCGCACUUAAUUAAUUAAGUAAUUAUGUCACGUUGAUUGAAUUAAGCUGCCCGGCUUGUCGCAUUGUCCGGGUCGAGACAGGAUAACAAUCUGUUUAAUUUGCGUAAUUGGCUGUGCUGACGACGGUUGACGUGGCUACCGAUAAAUAGGUUCCAUGUCCAUGUGUAUUCUGCCCGGCGAUGGGCCAUCUGUAGGACCUAUCCGGCCGCCAGGUGCUACAAAAAAAGUGCACAAAUUUUUAUUAAAAUUUAUAAUAAAAUCAGCUACGUGGGCGGCUACGUCGGUGGCUGUGGUUGCAAUGGGCCGUGUGCAUACACAAAUAUACGGAAUACGCUCAAAUCAUUUUUGCGAAACUGAUUAAAAAAGUGGAAAAAAAAACAUGCAAUAUGUAUACGCAAACAGACAUCAAGUGAUUAUUAUUUUUCGCGUUUUUAACAUUUUUUUUUGUUUUGUAUGGUUUUUGCUGAGUGGCAGGUGCAUCAGACAGACAUCUGAAUGGGGCAGUCGGAUUAAAUGUUAAUUUUUGGGCGGGGAAAUCAAGGUGGGGCUGCCGGGAUUUGGAGUGCUGCUGCGGGAUGGGUACAAUGUAUUCUUUUUGCGGUCCAUUUGAUGUACCAUUAAUGCAGACAACUAGCUAGAUAGUGUAGAUGAACUAAAUAAAUAAUCAAUUAUACUGUAACUCUAUGUAUUUUGUGUAAUAAAAUAAAUGGAAAACACUUGCAAAA